AUGUUACGAAACACACUAUCAAUCCAAAUACUGGCCUUGCUCUUCACAACGGCCCUGGCUCUCCCACAAGGUACCGGAACGCCUCUUGCACCAAGCAAUACAUCGACUCUAGGAGCAGCAACGAGUUCCGAGCCCACCAUCGUCUCCGAUCCAACCCUCCCAGGCCACACCAUCUACCGCCCCUUCGACAUGACCAACUACAACACCCUCCCCGUCAUCGUCUGGGGCAACGGCGCCUGCUCCGCCGACUCCGACACCCACCGCACCUUCCAUCGCCGCCUGGGGAAACAUCGCAGCACAGCCCCGGAAAUGAUGACCGAGUUGAUCGACUGGGCUCAGGGGAACGCGGGCAGAGGCGAAUAUGUCAAGAUGAACGCCAGCAAGAUCGCCGCGGCGGGGAUGAGCUGUGGUGGUCUUGAGGCUUAUGAGCAGGCUCAAGACGAGCGGGUGAGCGCUAUUGGGACUUUUAACUCUGGGCAGUUCACGGAACAGGGGACGCAAGAGGUUGUGUCGAAGGUGAUGAAGCCCAUCUUUUUCUUCCUUGGUGGGCCGUCUGAUAUUGCUUAUGAGAAUGGUAUGCGCGACUUCGAUGCCGUUCCGGAAGGCGUCCCUACCUGGGUGGGAAACGUCGACACAGGUCACUUGGGCACUUACUCAGAGCCAAAGGGAGGCGUGUACGGUGCUGCUGCAUAA